GAACAGACUUCUGCUGGCAACGAUGCAUCGCACGCGAUUGCUUUUGUCGUGGUUGUUUUGUACCGCGGGCUAGAUACUGUGAGCGCAAAUUCAUUGAUUUGCUGAUUGAAUUUAUGCUUUCUUGGCUUUGCAAAAGUCACACUAUACCAGCGUCUCAUCUUACAUAAGGUCGCAGGGCAUCGCGAUGUGAGGCUACUGCAUUUCAGGGUGACGGAAGGCGCUUUGAUAAAGAUUGAAGUUGAUCGACAACUUCGCUAAGCAAUAUGGCAGCCGAAAGAGACCGCCGAGCUACUGCGGGAAAUCGCAUGUCUCAGCUUCUAGAGGCUGAGGAAGAGGACGAUUUUUACAAGACCACUUAUGGAGGGUUUGAAGAAGAAGAGAAUGACGCAGAAUAUGAAACUGAAAAUGAAGAGAGCGAUGUUGUCGAUUCAGACUUUGACAUUGACGAACACGAUGAACCGGUUUCCGACCAAGAAGACACCGAGGAAGGGUCGAAGCGGCAAAGACGGGUAGUGACCAAGGCAUAUCGUGAGCCAAUACACGAGAAGAAGACCAAAGAGAAAUCGAGCACAGAAAAGUCACCAAAGAAGCCUCAUCCCCCAAAGCCCACGAAAAAGGAAGCUGCAAGGCAGGCAGGCGAGCGAAAAUCCGUUCGGCGCUCGACUCAGGCCAAGAGCCAGGAAGCAGAAAGGAGAAGGCAGGAGAAAGAAGAACAGCGUAAACAGAGACAUCCCAGGAAGAGGAGGUACACGGGGGAUCAUCCUACACAGGAGGAACUUCUGGAAGAAGCCAAGAUCACUGAACAGGAAAACCUACGUUCCCUGGAAUCCUACCAGCGGCUAGAGCUUGAGAAGAAGAAGGCGAAAAUUGUGAAGACUCCCUAUCGCGGUCCCAUGAUUCGCUACCACUCCAUAUCUAUGCCCCUGAUCGAAGAAGCUCCGCUCGUCGUAGACGAAAGCCCCGCGACACCGCCAAGCAGCCUGGGACCGCGGUGCUCACGCAACUUCAUCACAUUUCCAGAUGAUGCGACCAUGCGGGACCACUUCAGGAACACGAAACCGAAACCGGCCGCACGUAGCAUGUGCCCUAUCACGCGUCUUCCAGCGCGAUACUUUGAUCCCGUCACGCUCAUUCCGUACGCAAACCUCCAGGCGUUCCGUGUCUUGCGCGAGGCGUACUACGCACAGCUCGAACAGAAAGGUGACGUGCGUCAACCCGAAGUGGCGGCGUGGGUGGAAUGGCGGAAAAAGAAUCGCCCCCAGAGACCCCUGGUGACCAGCAAGGCUGCCUCGGCACCGCAUCCGGCAACAACAGCUCCUACCACAGCUGCUGUGGCUCCAACAGUGACGGCGCCAGCAUGAAAGCUGCUGAUGCGACUAAGUGCUUGUGGUGUGAGUUGCCCAGACUGAACAAAAUGGGCGUGAACUUAGUAACAACUGGUUAUCCCCGCUUGAACUAUUUUCUACUAUUGACACUAAGCUGACAGCAUCACGCAGCCUUUUUUCGUUCGAUCUUCGAGCAUUUCUUAAUGCUGUAAGAGAAUGCUAAGAAUGUACCUGAGCUCAGGUUAAGUCUUGGCACUGAAUACACAGAGAAUGUUUACAGAAGACCAGCUCAUUUUCAUUUUGUUACGUCGCAUAAACAGCGUGCGUCAUUUC